AUGACUAGGUUGAAGAUGUCAAGAGCUCGUGGCUACUACGGGAGUACCAGUAACUAUGACACUGAAGCCCUCGACAAAUUUUGUAGGACGCUGAGAGCCAUGACCCAAAUCAUGAAAGAGUCAGAGUCGGCCCUAUCUACCCCUGCCCCAGAGCAGAGUGAUGGUAAUCUGAAAGAGAAGUUUAAGACGUUGGCACCCCCAAUUUUCUCAGGGCAAGGAAAUGUAGAGAAAGUAGAGAGAUGGCUAAUGCAAGUGGAAAAGUUCUUUGGAGUUUUGCAGUGCUCAGAUGAGCAAAAAUUGAGACUGGGUACCUUCAUAUUAGAAGGGGACGCCGAAUAUUGGUGGCAUUCGAUCCAGCAGGCCUGGGAGGAGGAAGAGAUAGAACUUACUUGGGAAGGAUUUCUAGAGGCCUUCAACGAAAAGUACUUCCCUGAGUCGAUAAAGGAAAGGAAAGAAGUUGAAUUCAUAGAGUUACAACAAGGGAAUUUGACCAUUGAUCAGUAUGUGGUAAAAUUUUAUGAAUUAUUUCGAUACGCACUGCAUAUCAUCAACACGGAGGCUAGAAAGGCAAGCAAGUUUGAGAGAGGCUUGCCGCCUGAUAUGAGAGGAAGAGUUUUGUUGGUCAAUCUUAAGGCCUUCUCUCAACUGGUGGAUUUGGCUAGGAAAGUGAAAAGAGAAUGUGAUGAAUAUUGA